AAAAGUCGAUCAACAAAGUCCUUGUAUGGAAAACGUUUUUAUUUGACAAGAUAUCUUCACGAAAUUUGGCAUGAAUUAUUGUCUAAGGCAACGCUACACUCUCGUUAUAUAUAAAUAUAAUAUAUUGCUUUGAUCGGACUACUAAUGCAUAUAGUUGUAAAGGGUAUUCUAGCUUCGGUGCAAUCUAAGUUUUUCUUGUUGAUAUACGUUUGUCAACACUUGAAAGUAUUUCCCAGCUUUGUUCUUUGCGUAUUACAUGAGUAUAAAAUUUUCGACUACACCCGAACUCAGGCCUUCCAUACUUGUAUUUAUUCAUACACAUAUCAAAACAUUUCUAUUUAGAGUAUCACUAAUCGUGUGUAAGCAAAAAAAAAGUUUACUGUUAUUUUAGUUGUAACUUUUUAUAUGCUUAUAAUUGUUAUUUUUUUUAUUAAUUGCAUGGCAAUUCCUUUUUAUUUUUUUCUUAUUGCCGUCUUUACAUGUAUGUAGUCGCGGUAUUGAGUUAAAAAAUCAUUUGGUGGUACACACCUUCUACGCCGAUAUGAGUGGGAACUACAUGCGCCUGGAUGUGCAGUACCACUGGCAAAACUAUUUCGGUGCGUAUUCUAAAUUGUAGCACACAUAUACACAUUUCAAUAAUUCACAGGGUUGUUCGGCGGCAUAACUAGCUUAUAUAUGGGUAUUAGUUUCAUCUCUUGCUUUGAAAUAGUUUUCUUUCUUCUCGUGCGACCGAUGGGCCAUCUGCUAACGAGGAUAACCAAACGACGGCAGGCUAUGAAAAAGCAAGUGAAAUUGAAAAAAAUGCAUACAGUCAUGAGAAAAUAAUGCGAUUGCAAGAGAGGGAAGUGGAAGUUAAUUGUUGUCAAAUUCUUGCUUUCUCACAAAAGAGGAUAAUGUAGCUCAUAUAGAUAAAUUUAAAUGUGUUUACUUUUUUGGGUCAUUAACUCUCACUAAAUUACUCUAAAUGACUGUCCACCGUGUUUAACGGUAAUUGGUAUGUGCACUUUAUUGUCAUAUGAAAUUUGUUUACUUAGAGUGUCUAUAAUUAAAUCAAUGCCACAAAUUAAUAGCCUUUAAGAAAUACUGUAGAGUUAUACCUGCUACAGCUAACAUGCAUUAACUCGACGAUUCAGUUAUUAACACGACACCGCACUUUGCAGUCAUACACAAAACUACAGUUAAUUUUUUUUCCACAAACCGCCAACAAUGUCUUCUCUGUCUGCUUUUAAACGCUCACCAUUUAAAGUGUCACAUAAUCGCGUUUUUGAUAUACUAAACAACCAACAACAAAAUAUGAAACCAAAAAACAUACUUGUUUCACCAGCAAGCUCGAUCAAAAAUAGUUCUAAGCUGCAACCACGGAAAGCCUCACGCCUCCGCCAAUUGGCCAGUUUUUCGCCAGUGCGUCACUGGUUAGUGGAAAAUCUUCGCAAUUAUUGUAAUAGCACAUCGCUGCAUGGCUUCAAUUAUAUAACUUUGAAAGGUUCCACGACGAAUGAGCGGCAUUUCUGGAUUGUCGUCGUUAUCAUAUCGAUUAUAACUUCAAUUGUUUUGGUGAGUGUUUCGUGGUUUUGGAAUCGUGAAACACCCACAGUGACCGUGAUUGAGAGCGCACAUUUUCCAACAUGGAACAUACCGUUUCCGGCGGUGACCAUUUGUAAUUUCAAUAAGAUUUCCAAAAUAAAGGCGCUGAAGUUGGCGAGAACACUUAAACGACCAUCAAAUGUUUCUGAGCAGAAAUUAUUAAGUCUCUUUCGCAUAACAAUGUUCUUCAAUUUCGCCUUAAAUCACACCGAAGAAGAUUUUGACAUCUUUGGAAAUAUACUCAAUGAUAACAACUUUACUAUAGCAAAAUUAGCGCAAGAACUUACACCGAACUGCAUGGAUAUGAUUUCGAAAUGUGUUUGGAAAGGUACUAGGUCGCGUUGUGAUAGCCUUUUUCAGCCAGUCCAAGCACUCGAGGAAGUCUGCUGCUCCUUUAACUAUCAUGGACGUGCAACUACUAAUUUUCCAAAAAAAAUAGCAUAUCAAGUGCCGAAGCAACCCUAUCGCGUUACCGGCUGUGGUCAUUCCACUGGUAUCUCCGUCGUACUCAAUCCCAUAACCGAUGACUACUUUGGCACUUAUCUUAGCAGUUAUGGAUUUCGUCUAUUUAUACAUGAUGCUCAUAAUUUCCCCGAUGAAAACGCCGAAACGAAAGUAGUCACUUCGGGUCGUGAAAGUUUCGUACGCAUAAAUCCCGAAUCGACAUAUGCGACAAAUGUGGUUAGAAAUAUGGAUGUAGGGUUGCGCAACUGUUUAUUUUACAAUGAGCGAGCUUUGCCAUCCAUGCAACGAUACUCGUUUGUCAAUUGCAUGGCUGAGUGUCGUACAAGAUAUCUGCAUGAGCUUUGUGGGUGCAUUCCAAUGAGCUUGCCAAACAAUGGCAGUUUCCGAAUUUGUGGCCUAAGUGAGAUUUAUUGUAUUCUAAAUACACGAGAGAUCUUUGCAUUGGCAUUACCAACAAAAAAUACAACGUUAUCAGUUGUGCAAACUACGGGUAAAUUUCCUUGUGACUGUUUACCCACCUGCGAAUUUAACAAUUAUCCGUCCGAAAUAACUACGGGGCAAUUGGAUAUGAAAUUAGUUUCUACGAAUAACAAUAUAAACAAAACAGUUAAUUCCGAUGAAAUUCUUCUACAUGUUUUCUUCAGCGAUUUAAUGGCCAAGCGUUAUCGCAAGGAUAUUUUUCAAGAUUGGUUGUCAUCAUUAGCAUCUUUCGGCGGUCUUUUGGGUUUAAUAAUGGGCUUUAGCAUAGUGACGGCUUUCGAAUUUAUUUACUUUCUUACAUUUCGACCGAUUUUUAAUUACUUCAAUGGUGUUUAAUAUUUUGCACCUCUAUUUAUUUAGUAAAGCUGAAUGUAGUAAAAGCCAAUAAAAAAAAUAAAUAAAAGUAUUGUGUGGUUCAAUGAAACGGUAAAAGUGAAACUUUAUUCACAUUAUAG